CUUAUCCCCUUCCUUGAUUUUUCUCCUCUUUGCCCUCGCCGAUCACCGCCCUCGUCUCAGAUUCCCACCCACGCCAUCACCCGGGAAUCCUCUCAGCAUCAGCAUCAGCAGACCACGUACGCCUCCUCCCCCACCUGCUGCUUGAAGAAGCUCCUCCAUCAGUGACCUAGAGUGAAGACUGAGGUGUCUCCGGUGAACUUGGUCGACUGGCUCUGCUGGUGUCUCCGGUGCAGGUGCAGGUGCAGCUGCGGCGAUCGAUGGAGGCUGUGCAGGGCGUCGAGUCCCUCGCUGGCGGAGAUGGGCGGCACCAUGUGUCACGUACCCUCGGGACGGCGCUGCUCAUCUCCGUGGGGUACAUCGAUCUCGGCAAGUGGGUGGCGGCGGUUGAUGCCGGGGCUCGCUUCGGGUACGACCUCGUGCUGCUGGUGCUCUUCUUCAACUUCUCCGCGGUCCUCAACCAGUAUCUCUGCACCUGCAUCGGCAUGGUCACCGGCAAGAAUCUUGCAGAGAUUUCCCACCAGGAGUACAGCCAGUUCAUAUGUGUUGGCCUCGGUCUCCAAGCUGGGAUGUCUUUGUUUACAUCAGAACUAACCAUGAUUUUAGGCAUAGCAGUUGGAUACAACCUCGUGUUUGAUCAGGAUGAUUUUAUCACAGCCAUCAUUUUUGCAUGUCUUGUAAUUAAUGUGCUGCCAUAUAUUUUCUCCCCUAGGGACAAGAGGAUGGCUGGAACGUUAAAUGCAUGCAUAGCUGGCUUUACGAUUCUUUGUUUUGUGCUUGGUUUAUUAGUUAGUCAACCAGAAAUUCCUCUUCAUGUGAAUGUGAUGUUCCCUAAGUUCAGUGGUGAAAGCGCUUACUCACUGAUGGCACUUAUGGGUGCAAAUAUAAUGUCACACAACUUUUAUGUUCAUUCGUCCAUUGUUCAGGUUCAGAAAUCUCAUGUUCAUACCGUGGGUGGCUUGUUUCAUGACCACCUUUUUUCAAUACUAUUUACUUUUACUGGGGUUUUUCUUGUGAACUAUAUUUUGUUGAGCUCAGCAGCAGCAGAAUCUAGUCACAAUGUGAUCCAUACCUUUCACGAUGCUGUCGAGCUAAUGAACGAGAUAUUUACGAGUUCCAUGGCACCACUUGUGUUGCUAGCUGUUCUUCUCUUUUCAAGCCACAUCAUUGCAUUGACAUCUGUUAUCGCUAGCCAUGUAGUCACGGAGCAUUUCUUUGGCGUGAACAUAUCUCUGUUUGCUCAUCAUGUGCUACUUAAGCUUCUUUCCAUGAUUCCUGCUAUCUAUUCUGCAAAGGUAGCAGGCUCUGAAGGGGUAUAUCAGUUAAUCAUUCUGUGUCCAGUAAUCCAGGCGUUUACCCUGCCUUCGUCUAUUAUCCCUAUUUUCCGCAUCGCCUCAUCAAGGUGGAUAAUGGGCAACUACACGGUAUCUCUACGUGUUGAAAUAUUAGCCUUCCUUUCAUUUUGUCUUACGUUGUUUAUAAAUAUCAUCUUCGCGGCGGAAAUUCUGUUCGGCGACAGCGCCUGGACGAACAGCGUGAAAGGGAACACAGAAACCCCUGUGCUAAUUCCCCAUGCUGUACUUAUUCUAAUGUCUUGUGCAUCUAUUGCUUUCGCACUCUUCCUGGCUGCUACCCCACUGAAGUCAUCAGGUAGGGAAGCCGAAACUCAGGAGCUGUGUGUGCACUCUCAAAGAGGAGCACCUGAAGAAAUUCAAAGCGCAGGUCCUGAGACCCUUGACGUCUGCCAUCCUCGAGGAGUCAAAAUCAGCUGUUAGGUUUCACUUUAGAGAUUCAAUUCAACACCAAAGAUCUUUACUGCCACCGUAGUAAAACAAAGUCAGCUAGCAGGAAAUAUCCAAAUGAAGAGGGCAGCUGAGAGAAAUGUUGAAGUAGAAGCGGAUGUUUGCACAGACCGAAAUAUACUUUUUGCGAAGAAAUUACCUUCAUAGUAUUGUUGGUGACAAAGUUAAAAUCAACACUGUAUUACUAUUCAAUCUUCUAUCAUGUAAAUUUCUGUUUUUUCCACCAAGAUUUCAGAUGGGAUUUUUCUUUGGCGAAAUUUUUAUAUGAGUACGCCAGUGGUGAAGUUUGUUCUAAUUUUUAUUUAUU